AUGACCGCCGAGUUCAUCUCUCAGCUGCGUCGCUAUGCAGAGGAGGCCGUGAAUGCCGCGAGGGCUGACCUGGAAGUCAACCUGCGGCGACACACGAGCCAGGGACCCAUGGUGUUGGACGUGGCCCUGCCGGGCGCCGCCUACUUCUCGGUGGCUGCGGGUGGCAUGGCGGACGUCUUGCACUUCUUGAGGCGGUUUGUGCAGGUGGAUCGCUUCGUCGGGGCCAGCGGCGGAGCAUGUAGCCUCUUCCUGAUCCUGGCGAAUGACAAGUCUCUUCAACCAGGCAGAGCCGGUGUGUGCCCGGAUGCGGAAGAGUUAAUCCGCUCCUAUCUGAUGUAUGCGGAGUCUGAGGGUACAGGCAGCUUGUCCAGGUGGUGGAAUGCCAGUCGACAAAUCUUUGCAGGAGUGUCGAACUUUUGGGAAAGAAGAUAUGAAGAGCUUUUGCAAGAUGAGCGAGCUUGGACUGCGGUUCGUCAGCGAGCCUUCUGCGCGGUUUCUGCGCGCCCGAUGCGGCAAAAUCUGUUUGGCAGUCCAAGCCAGUCUGACGAUCGUUUUCAUUGCGCGGCUGACAACUACAUCAUGCAUUCCUUUACCAGCCACAAAGAGGUAGUUCAAUCUUUUGUGGCCACUGGCGAAGCUACCAUCAAAGGAUUUGCCAUGGGCAUCCCGAUCUCCGGCGAGGACUGGGCCCUCGCCGCCGCCGAGUCCGGCGCCGCCGGCGCGGGCUCGGCGGCCCGGGUGAAGCUGCCGGCCAGCUUCUGUGACGGAGGUCAUCCAGUCACCUUCAACUCAGCGCUUUGUCCGGAAAAUGCGGCUGAGCGACAGCGCAACUUCCUGCUGUACUACGCCACCUGGUUCGAGAACGCUUCUGAUUGCCUUCUCUGUAGCCCCGAAAGCAUUGAACGGCUUUACAAACGCGGAGUGGACCGCACCAUCGCUUGCUUGCUCAGUCCUUCUUUGAUGUCUCCGGCCGAGUCUGGCUCGGAUUCCAAGGACAAAAUGAUCAUCAUCGCUCCGGAUGCCGAUUUGGACGAGGAGCUGGGCAAGCUGGGCAAGCCGGGGAUCCUGAAGGGUGGAACUUUUGUGGACCUCUCGCGCAAGGAGCUGCGGCCAGCGAAGGCUCGAUAG